AUGAUUCUUCCUGUGGAGGAACGUCCAAUUAAUCAGUCUUCUUGGGCAGAGUUUCUUCUUAUGGAAUUUUCACACGCUCGUGAGCUGCAGAUGCUCCACUUCAUCAUGUUCCUGCUACUGUACCUGGCAGCUGUAACAGCGAACCUUCUCAUAAUCUCUGCAGUAGCUUUUGAUCACCACCUGCACACCCCCAUGUACUUCUUCCUGAUGAACUUGGCCAUACAGGAUGUUGGCCAACUUUCAGUCAUUAUGCCCAAAUCUAUGACCAAUUCUCUCUUAAACACCAGGCGUAUUUCCUAUUGGGGAUGUGUGGCUCAGGUCUUUCUAUUCCUCUUCUUUUUAGCAUCUGAUUUCUCUCUUCUCACAGUGAUGGCCUACGAUCGGUAUGUUGCCAUCUGCAAUCCAUUACAAUAUGGGAUGCUGAUGAAUAAGAAAGCUUGCAUUCAAAUGGUUACUAGUGUAUGGAGCAGCAGCUUUUUCUAUGGUAUGUUACAUGCUGGAGGCACCUUUGCACCCCCCUUUCGCUCCAACAUUGUCAAUCAAUUCUUCUGUGAGAUCCCACAGUUACUGAAGCUUGCCUGUUCUGACUUGUACCUGAUUGAAAUUUGUGUUGUUUUCUUAAGUGCUAUAGUUGGGUUAGGCUGCUUCAUUUUCAUUGUAGUGUCUUAUGUGCACAUCUUCACUGCAGUGCUGAGGAUCCCCUCUGUGCAGGGAAGGCAAAAAGCCUUUUCAACUUGCCUCCCCCAUCUCUUUGUUUUCUCCAUACUUGUAUUUACAGGAUGCUUUGCUUAUCUUGUGCCCACCUCCAAUUCUCCCUCUCCUAUGGAUCUGGCACUUACCAUGGGAUAUACCAUAGUCCCACCUUUGAUGAAUCCAGUAAUUUAUAGCAUGAGAAACAAGGAUAUACAACAUGCUGUGUCAAAACUGUUUGGGUUGAAGUACCUUUCUAGUUUAUCCCUUCCUAUUCUGCAAAGGUAA